GCCCAUACAGCAUGGCGCCUGUUGUUCUUCGCAUCGAUAUGUCGGCGCCCAGCAAGCUCCGCUCUUCCAUGACACCUCCCAGUCAGAUGCUUGUUAUAUCAGGUAUUGCACCAGGUAGGUGUGCACCCACGAUUGUCACUGCUGUAUUUUCAGGUACAAGGGCUACAUCGAUGGGGAAGAAUGGCCUGAAAUUCCACUUUUGAGCGGUCGAUGCUCCCGAGAGCGUCCAAGGGGUGGACUCUUUCCUGAUGUGACUCAGUCGAAACCGAUCGUUUCCAAGGAGCAGCAGACACUGAAAACGUUGCUUGAUCGUCUCGGGCGCUCCUGAAAUCUGUCUUUGCUGUUUGUCUUGAGUCAAAAGACCGAGCCGGGGUACUGAGCUGCCUUCAUACAUCCCCCAUGUCGACUGGAACACUCCCAAAACGCGCAGUCCUAGAUCCCCAGAAUCACACUUCUGCCUCCAUCCGGGCCGAAGAUUCCGAAUUCGAAUGGAUCCCUGUCAAUAGGGAGCCUCUCAAACGCAGCCACUCCCCGCUAUCUUAUCUACGCAUCCGCAAGAAGUCCAGCAGCAGCGACAGUGUCACAAAGAAUGCCAAAGAAGACAAGACGACAAAAGCGCUCCGGAAAACAUCGUCGACGGAAUCUUUUGUCGUGUACCGACCUCACCCCGCUCCUCCGGUACCGCCGUUACCCCAUGGUCCAACCUCCAUUUCUCAUUCGCGGGGAUUUUCGGAAGUCGACACAGGCCAACGUCAGCCGAGACAGAUGGCCUCGCGCAGUCGCAUGAAUUCCGAGAAUGAUGCUGCUGCUGCAGGGAGCUCAGCUAUUAGUGUCAUUCCUCAAAAUGAAUCUAGCGCCGCUCAUCCAAUUGCUUCACAGCAGCACGGCAGGCCACCGAUUGCGUACUCACCGGAUGUGCCCUGGCCACGACCCCCGCAGUCAGACGACGAUCGGACGCGCGACUUCCUUCUGAACACCCAGUCGUUUCUUCCUCAGCCCUCGGCAUUCUUUGCUGCUGAUGUACUAGCCGCCGCAGCGUCCGACUCCAGCUCGAGCUUUGUUUUGUCCAAGGAUGCACUGGGCCCGGAUCCGCCACCGCCCGGGAAACAACCCCAUAUUCGGAAUCCUCCAUCAACUCAAAUACACCACCACCAUCUUGCCGAUGGAUUGGUGACUGCGCUGGAGAGCGACAAGGAGAAGAUCGCUGCGAAACUCGAGCCUCUUAUAACCGUUGGAAUGCAGAAUAUGUCCAAGGCGCAGACCGCCGUGGACGAAAUGAUGGCAACAGAGGCGUGGUCUGUGGUCAAGGAGAACGCGGAGACAGUGCUGGCCCCUGCCAAGGACGCUAUCAUGAUCAUGGACUCCGUGGUCAAAUACGUGCCGGUUCUCACCGUCGCUGAGUCUCUGUUCUCUGUGAUCGUCCAUCACGAGCUCGAAAAGAAGGAGAAUGACAAGAAUAUCCUUGUAGUGUAUCACACCAUGUCGCUGUUGUGGUUCACGCUGUGUGACGUGCAAAGACUCUUCCGUGCACACUACGCCAAGAGCGACCUGGAACGAUUCUUCCAGGAUCUGGAGAGGACGAUUCGGGAAUUCGGCAACUUCAGAGAGGUGUACUACAGGCACGGUAAUUUUGCCCGGGCCGUUCGAUCCGCUCAAUACCGGUCCAAGCUGACGAACUUCACGUCGAGUUUCAAGGAGUACAAGGGUCGCCUGGACUCCAUCCUCCUGCAGACCGCGGCGAUGCAAGUCAACGACAUGUCCGCUGAUGUUCGGGGCGUAUCUUCCAGGCUGGAUGAGAUGAACCGAAAGCUGGACUCGUUCGUCCGGCUACUCGGGAGGCAGACCGGUGAAGAGCGCGAGAUGCAGAGGAAGAUCAGGGCGGCGGGAGGGGAGAAGGUGCUCGAGGAUCCCGUGUUCUUACUUCGACUCGCGCAGGGCAGAGAGCUGCCGGCCCAUGUUUCAGAGACGCUAAGAACCACGUUGGACGAAGCUUUGAAAUCAAACCUCCCGGCUUUCACUAUGAAAAUCGAUAUCACGGUGAAGGAAAUGACGGAAGCACUCGAGCGUUCGACCGAAAAGAUCCUCAACCAGGCGCGCCAGAACCGCUUCAGGCCGAGCCAUUCACUCUUCAAUUCAGGCAUGAAUUGGCGUAUGAGCUGUAAAGCACGGAAUUUUGUUGACGCCGUACACAAUUACUUCGGGCAGAAGUUCGGGGAUCAUCGACAACGUCUUGGGAAGGCCCAUCCAGAUCAGUGGACGCUUGAUAUCCUGAACCAAGUCAUAUAUUACUCAAACAUCUCCGACGCAAUUGAUGAUGACGGGAACGGAUACAUCUCGGUCCAAGAGGUCAACCGCUUCUUCAAGGCUCGACCCGACGAAUUCUCUGCACCGCAGUGGCUUGCUUUCUGGGCUGUGGGAUGGAACCAAAACGCAAUGGAAUACAAAUCCCGCUGCGUGACAUUAUUCGCAGGAAUCGAGGCGACCGCUCGGAGGGUACACACGCACAACCGGGCGCCCGUCAAAGCAUACAUCAAGAACAGUGGGAUUUCUGAGCUCUGGCUCCUCGUAGAGUCGCUCCAGCCCCAUUCUGUCGCACGAAGUCGCCAGGAGUCUCAUGUGUCGCUGGAAAGGCUGAGAGCGGAUAUGAUGGAGAAGGAGACAAAGCUGAUCGCCGGGCAGUUGGGUAAGAUCCGGUAUCAAAUCGAUAGCCCGGAGACGACCAUUGCGGCUCUCGGGACACACAGGCUCGAAAGCCACAUUCUAUGCCUCAUCGAUCUCGUUCUCACGCAACAUCUCCGGGUUUUGACUGCCGCCCACACGCUGGUUCUUUCCGAGCGCGAAUUCGAGAUGAUGGCGACGGCGCUGACGAGUAUCGUCGCAGCGGUCAGUCAUCGGUAUCAGACGCUGAUCCAAACAUGGAAGCAACAGCGUCUGGACACCGAAUUUCUCGUCCGGUGCUUUGCUGGCGGCGUGUUCGGAGAGUGGAAUGCGGUCUUCAGAGAUCAACCUGUUAUCCGCAGUGACGACUCGAGCUCUCCUGAGGUCUCGACAUCGGGCUUUCCCACGAGCAGAGCAGGGCCUAUGAGCCUGGACGAAGUGCUCGUUUUCCCGCUGCCUGAGCAGCCCUUGGUAUCACCUGAAAACCGGAUUGAGACGCCUCCUCGUGGUUUCGCAACGCCAAAUCACAAUUUCAAACGAGGGUCCCAUUACUUCGAUCAGUUUGGGUUCCAGGAGGUGGCAGCGGACAAACGAGCUUCCAUUCUAGAGCCUAUCAGCCAGGUCUAUGUGAACUCUAAAAAGCUGAAGCUCGAGGACCGUAUGGCCAAUCUGGAGGGAGAGCUCGCAGAAAUCAAGAGCAUGAUUGGUGUACUUGUAAAACUGCAUCAGGGAUCCGCUCCCUCGACCUGAUAUGACAUUGCCGCAAGGCAUGCUGAUGUGAGACACUCAAAGGCUUGAGAAUAGAGCAGAUGUUUCACAAGUGUUUGUUGUCUUGCUUAGGGCAAACAGAAGCUUCAGGCCUUAUAGUUAAACUUAUACUUCUUAUACACCAACUACAUAAGUACCCCAAAUAAUCUAAAAGCUACUUGUAAGCGUCACAA